AUGACAUCUACCCUUCUUUCUCAUCCAGGAACUAACUGGUUAGUGGAGAUUGUCUGUCUGAUUCUUUCCAAGGGGGAUCCUACAUGGGUAAAAUCUCUGCCUGUCGAGGAGCGUGCUCCAUGGAUAGAAAUUGGUGAAUAUAGUAGAACACUAAAAAAUAAGGAGGACCCACGUCUCAUCACCUCUCAUCUCCCUGUCCAACUCUUCCCCAAAUCUUUCUUCUGUUCCAAAGCCAAGAUGAUUUAUCUAUUAAGAAAUCCCAGAGAUGCUCUUGUGUCCGGUUACUACUUCUGGCAUUCCACAAAUUUCUUUAAGAAACCAGAGUCACUGGAAGGAUUCUUUAAGGACUUCAUUCAAGGAAAUGUACCAUAUGGAUCGUGGUUUGAGCACACACGUGGCUGGUUGUCCUUGAGAGACAGAGACAACAUCCUGCUGCUUAGUUAUGAAGAGCUGAAAAAGGAUGCUAGGAGUGCCAUCAAGAAGAUCUGUGAGUUUCUAGGAAAGAAAUUGGAACCAAGGGAACUGGAUCUGGUGAUAAAGAACAGCUCCUUCCAUGUCAUGAAAGAAAUCAGGAACCCUGAGACCAGCACUCUAACUCAUAAGGAAACCCAUUUUUUAAUAGUGAGAAAAGGCAUCACUGGGGACUGGAAGAGUCACUUCACAGUAGCCCAGGCUGAAGAAUUCAAUAAAACAUUUCAGGAGAAGAUGGCAGAUUUUCCUAAAGAGCUGUUUCCAUGGGAAUAGUAUAAAGUAUAUGAAUCUUACAGGGAUACUUCAUAUGUUCUGUUGUCCUUGAACAUGUAUAUGGCUUAGCAUUAUGGCGUAAAAUCUACUUUUUUUAAAUCAAAACUUUCAUCAC